CGAAAUGAUGGAAGGCAGCCCCAUACGCUCACAAACAACGGCAAGGGAACCUGGCGUCCCACCUGUUUCGAACAACUUCUGCUGCCCUGCUGUUGCCCUAGAGCCUGCCAUAUAACGUCUGUCCGUCACAUCAAAGGCCCGCGAAAUGUCUCUCGCAAAACAUGUCCUUCAGCCGCCGCCGGCGCUGCCAUCGAAGCCGACGCUAAGGUUCGACGAUGUCCUCAAGGAGAACAGCCCCGUAGAAGCGGUGGUACGACAGAGUUCCUUGAUGCAACUCACACGGAUGCUCGACCAGCUCAGCACGAUGUCCACCUACGCCAACGACAUAAUAUCGGGGAUGGUGACGGCAUCCAGUACGACCAACGAGCGCAUCGGCGAGCUGCAGGCGCGUUUGGAAGCAUUGAAGGGCAAUGCGCCCACUGUGGAUGAGAAAUUGGAGAAUGCCACGAUUGCGGAACUAACGUCUGCGGAAAAGUUUGAUUGGAAGUCCAGAGCGGUGCUUGUCACCAAACUGUUCAGCAAAGACACCGAGGAUCCGACGCUGAAGCUUGCGUAUGAUGCUUGCAAUGAGGCGCCGAAUCUGGGGCUGAUGGAUCCGUACAGGACGGAUGGACAGAGCUGUAUGAAGUUCUAUUCGUAUCCUGAAUUCUUUGCUGAAGAAUGGAAACUGUUGAUGGAGAAAGAGGAGAAAGAGGAGAGGCGGCGGAAGAAGGAGAGAAGAGAGUUGCGGAAGAAGGCGAAGUUACAACGUCCAACAACCGUCAACAAGUCCCAACUCCAAGAACUCCAAAUCAAACGCUACAAUUCCCAAGGCGAAGUCAUCACCGACGCAGCCGACGACCCCACCUCCCCAUCACGACACAGCCUCAGCGCCGCCUCAACCCAAAGUCGGGGCGCACUAAGCGCCCUACGCCCAAAACCUCUAGGCGGGUUACCCCAACGGUCAGCAACCACAACCGUCGCAAGCACAAGUCGGUCGUCGUUGCUGGCGAGAAGCAAUCCGCUGGUGUACGACAGCAGCGAGAGUGUGUCGUUCGGGAGGGCGUCGAGGGGCGCGUUCCAGGAUCAGGCGAGAUUGAUGAAGGGUGGGAAGAGUGCAGCGGCGCCUCCACCUCCGCCGCCGCCACCGCCGCCGCCACCGCCUGGCGGUGGGCUGGGGUUGAUUACGCCAGGAGCGCUGGCUACGGCGUCGUUGAAAUCUGCUGCUGCCCGACCGCAGGUUGUCAAAGCGGAUAGUUUCUUGAAUGAUAUCAAGGGAGGGCAGUUCGUGUUGAAGAAGGUAGAUGCGCCAGAACUGACCGUCGCUCAAAAGACCAAAAAGCGUGCCGAGACGAGCGAUGUAGCCGCCAUAUUGAUGAGACGUGCGGCCAUGGAGAUGAGCGAUAGCGAGAACGAGGAUUCUGCGGACGACGAUGAUUGGGACUGAUUUUUCAAGACCUGCGUUGAGUGUUAGGCAAACCUGUAAUCUUCGGCGUUGUGCAUACCCAAUCAUAAUCGAGCAUGCGUUGAUGACCAUCCUCCAUCA